CGGAGAACGGACCAAACUGCCGUAAGACCUCGUGCGGCCCCCGCGGAGUAAGCCGUUCCCCCCGGCUGGCAAAGGUGUUCGCUCCCCGGACAUAGUCGCGAACCACUUAGCUAACAGCUAGCUAGCUAAGUGCCGUUGAGUUGAGUUGGCAACCGAACAAUUGCGAGAAGGCGAUGACAAGAGUCAGUUGAACAUCCUGAAGAAACGGCGCGUGGCAGAUCUUUUGUCUCAUUAUAUUCCAGAAGAUGAAGCAGCUCUUAUGAAAAAUGGAAGAUACACGUGCCUCGUGUGCUCCUACCGUCCCGUGUUUGAUACAGUUGAUACGUUGACAGUCCACAGAAACGGGAAGAAGCAUCUAGAAGGAUUAAAAGCAUUCUAUGGCAAGAAAGCACGGUUGAAGAAUGAAGUGACAAAAAGGCACCACGAAAACUAUGUCCAGACUGAAGACUCAAAACAGGAGCCCUCGUGUUCAGCCCCAUUACUGGCCCAAACACGGAAGCUGACACAUCACGCCUUAUUGAAGACUGUACCAUACAACAGCUGCCAUACUAAAACCAGUACAAAAUCUGGAGAAGGAGCCCUGAGAAUCGGCUCAGAUUCCAGUGACAACUCUUUCAGCAAAACAGCAUCCGGACCAGAAAAAGCAUGCCGGAAAACUGAAGUUACAAACAGUUCAUCACAAAGCACAUUAGGUGGCUGCACAGCAGCCAGUGAAGGGUCACAGGCAGACAUUAAGGCGGAGGCAGUGACACGGGAGGCAGAGCCCAUGACAGCGCAGAGGAGGAGGGAGCUGGAGCAUUACCUCAAACUCAAAAGUGACGGGUGGUUGCCAGACCGAAGCGGCCAGUGGGUGAGGGACGAGAAUGUGGAGUUUGAUUCAGAUGAGGAGGAGCCUACUUCGUUUGACCCUCAACCUCCAAGUCACUAAGACAACUAAGAACUGUGGGAAAACACAGAUGAACUUGUUCCACAUUGGUACAUUCAGAGGCCGGAGCACCACGUGCAAGGACUCCAUUAAAGAGUUAUUGUACUAUUCAUCAACCUUACAUUGAGUUCCAUGGUUUAUCUGUGCUCAUUCUCCAGAACAUAUGUACUCCUAAAUCCCUGCUGGUCACCAGUGAUCACCAGCUGCAGCUUUUGAUGCUUUUAUUUUACCAGGAAACUCACAAUUUAAGAAUGUGUAAUUUCCACUUGCAAACAAUUUACAGAAUUAGACAGAAAAAAAACAAAAGCCCUUUUGUUUUGUUUUAUAUCAAAUUCCUGUCACUCUUAAGUUGCUGACAAUGUUUGCUACUGGUUUUGUUACUACAGUAACAUAAAGCAGAUUUUUAAUAAUUAAGAUUUCAAGAGAAUACAAUUUUGUGAACCAAGGCUCUUCUGGCACUGGCGGUGGGUUUUUUCUCAGUUCAAAAGGAUAAUUGUGGUUCAUGAUUAUUUAGGGCAGUAGUUUCAUAUUUCAUUCAGAUGAUCGAAACCACUUUAUAUGGAGCUAAACAUUGAAAGUGAGCACAUCCAUAUUGAGUCAACUAUGGCAAAAGCCAGUAGGUCAAAGUUGAAUUGGGAAGCCAGUCAGUAAACUGUUGUGGACGUUUGCGACGGAUAGUUGGGUAAUAAUUAUUAAACCUGUUGCCUACAUUUUCAAUUCGAAAUAAGUUUUGCCAACGCUGUGGUUUGUUCACAAUCUGUCUGUCUGAUUGCAUGUUUCUUGCCCUGUCUGACAUCUUUUAGUAAUAUUGCCAUGUUUCCGGAUCUCAGCUUUUGACUUGGCACAGUGUGACUGUAAAACAGUGUUAACAAACUGACUUGACCAACACCAGCCUUACACCUUGUUCAUGGGCCCUUAAGGUUCACAAGAGCAGAACUGAAAGCUUGAAACACUUGUCUUUUCAUCUAAAUGUCUCUUAAAACUAGGGAUGUAACGAUUACGGGUGUAACGGUAAACCACGAUAACAAUGUUGACGAUAAUAAUUACCGUGUAUUUAAUCCUUCCCAGCUACAUCCGCGUGUCCCAAAGUUGCCGUGCAGGCGCACUGCGUAGCCUACAACGUGCGUUUCGUGAAGGUGGAAUCAUGGCGGGAGGAGAUGACAGCACUCAGGACAUUUAUCAGCACUCUAAGAGGACUAAGUCAGAAGCAUGGACAUGUUUAGGUUAUUAUAAGAAUACCGAAGGACAGUUGAUUGAAGAUAGUUAUCCUGAAAAAAGUUGCUGUUAAAGGCAUACAACGUUCACAAAACCUCUGACGCAAAUCAGAAAACAAAAAUACAAACGAAACAACAUGGCUCAUACUACUGUCAUAGCAUGCAUGGUGCCCAGCAUUACAAUCUAAAAAUAUAGCCGUGUUGUAACGAUGCAACAACAAUCUGAGGGGAGAGAAACCUUUGGAAUAGAGCGUGGCGAGGCGGCACUUUUAUUCACUUUAAGAGGCCAAAUGUUGGUGAUGCAAAAUGUGACCUUUAGAGGUCUAAAAGUCAGCUUUCUUCUUAUUACUUGGUGGCCUUGUCAAACUUAACAUUACAUCUGAGAACCUCAGAGAAAUGGAACAGGUUCAAGACAUGGUCGGGGGGGGGGGGGGCGGGGUGUAGUGUAGGAACCCCAGCAAUGCUGUCAACAUCCUCAGAGGUUAGCAGCUGUCUCUGUUCAUAAAUCUCUGUGGGUGCCCACCGGUGUAACCCUCUUCAAAUUGGGUUAUAUUUGAACAAGGUAACUCAAGCCAGUGGACUAGGUUACAAUUUCCCAUCAGGGGUGUGGGGGGGGGGGGGGUAAAAAUAGCUCAGGUGCUUGAGGGAAGUCAGAGGAUCAGGACAGAUUAAAGGGCCAUGAUUCUUAAUAUGAAGAGUUCAAACCCCAAAAUGCUGCAGUACAUGUCAAUCUAUGAUAUCCUGCAGAGUUGCUGUCAUAUUGUGAACGUGUCGUUUGAAAUCCUGUGUGUCCGGUAUCCCUAAUGCAAAUUAAUAUUACACGAUUAAAUGUCCAUCUGAGCUUCUGCAAAAUGAUUCUGUGCAGCUCCAGCUGGGGACGUUCAAAUGCACCAAAGUAUGUGCUUCUUUGGUGCAUUUGAACUAAUAUUCAUUAAGAAUGAUAUUCACAUAUCCAAUAUAAAUGUGCGAUGUUCAGAUAAGGUGUGGAUACAAUACAAAUUAAAAUUACCAAGCAUUUACAAAAAAAAUAAUACUUGAAUACAUUCUUUUAUUUAAAGUAUUUACAGUUUUUUUUUUCUCCCACAAGAUAGCACCACAUUAAAAAUGUUUUCAUGAAUGAAAAUGAAAUUUUAUGAAAGUGUUUUUUGGUUUGGGAUGAUGUUGGCGGUGUUCAAACUAAAAAGCACAAAAAAAAUAAGACACUUCACAUUUUGCUUGUGACCUAUACAUGGCUUUAUGAUGAAUACAGCAGUCUACAA